CCUUCCAAUAAGACCAAGACAAAAUCGAGAUAAUGGAAUGACCUCCGUGAUAAGAUAACAAACAAAUAUAGUACCAAACAAAAGUGUUCCAGAUGAAGGACGUGUUUUUCAUUUUGGCGUUAUUUGUGACUGUUCUGACCGGUUGCCAGGCAGGAUUUUAUGAUUGUUUUACAAACGAUGAUUGCAAAGAUGAACGCUUAUGUUGCUCAAUAACUCCCGCGCUCGGCAAGAGAAACAUUCAAGGGCGACAAAUCCCACCGGACUGGGACGGCACCGUUCAUUAUUGCCUCCCUUGGAAGAACGAAAACGCAACCUGGUGUAGCCUUCAUCUUCAAUACACAACCACUGCCCAGAACUAUCACGGUCUUUGUCCCUGUGGACCCGGUCUCCAGUGUACGCCCACAGAUUUACUGGAUGAAAAGUUUUAUCCCAAGGAUAGAUUCGGAAAAUGUACUCCUGUGUCAAAAUAGUUUAAUUACAAGUAA